UACUACCUACCGCAAGGCACGCAGAAAGAUUCUGUUUCCGAACAUCAGAACUCAAAAACAUCGGAAUCCAUCCUUGAAUUACCCUUACUACCCCCAAUAUCUCACAAUUAAAUGACCUUAGUACCCUUAAAUUACAGGUGUCAGCUUCCAACUGAAUAGAUAUAAACUCCCAAAACCCUAACAUUCUCUACUCUUUCUCUCUCUCUCACUCACUCGCUCGCUUUUGUCCCCGUAGAUAUCAGAGGGAAAACACACACACACAAAAAAAAAAAAAACUAGGGUUUUAAAGAGAAAGGGAGCAAAAGUGAGAGAGAAGAGAGAAGAGGCGGAAAUUUUUAGGAUUAGGGUUCUAUUAUAUUGUUCUCUAGGGUUUAGAAAAUGGUGGCCGACAAAGGAAAGAAGAUGAAAGUAACAGAGAAAGUAGAGGAAGAGAACCAUGAUCAAAUAGAUGGAGACCUCGUCAUUUCCAUCGAGAAGCUUCAAGAGAUCCAAGACGAGCUCGAGAAGAUCAAUGAAGAGGCAAGUGAGAAAGUCUUGGAAGUGGAGCAGAAAUACAAUGAAGUUCGCAAACCAGUCUAUGAUAAGCGGAAUGAAAUCAUCAAUUCAAUUCCUGAUUUCUGGUUAACAGCUUUCUUGAGCCAUCCUGCUCUUGGUGAUCUUUUGACUGAAGAGGAUCAGAAGAUAUUCAAAUAUAUUAACUCACUUGAAGUGGAGGAUUUUAAAGAUCUGAAAUCUGGAUACACUAUCACAUUUAAUUUCAAUUCCAAUCCGUACUUUGAAAAUACAAGGCUUACAAAGACCUUUACCUUCCUUGAUGAUGGAACCAAAAUUACUGCUACCCCAAUCAAGUGGAAAGAGGGCAAGGGCUUGCCAAAUGGAGUUAAUCAUGAGAAAAAAGGAAACAAGCGACAACUUGCUGAAGAAAGCUUCUUUGCCUGGUUUGCUGAUGCUCAGCAAAAAGAUGACAUGGAUGAAAUUCAUGAUGAGGUAGCAGAGAUUAUCAAGGAGGAUUUAUGGCCCAAUCCUCUCACUUAUUUCAACAAUGAGGCCGAUGAGGAGGAUUUUGAUGGAGAUGAAGGUGAUGAAGAGGGUAAAGAUGAUGAUGAUGACUCUGAUGAUGAUCAAGACGAUGAUGAUGAUGAGGACGACGACGACGACGAGGAGGACUAAAUCACUUAACAGCCUUAAAUCAUGGUAGCUGCUUCUCUUGCUCAAGUAAGAACUGGUGUAAAGCUGUCUCCUAGUCAUAGCUACGUAAGGUUAUAGAGAAGAUAGCCAUCUUUAAGAUAGCUUUCUAUGUUUUAUAAGCAACUCUUGUUAUUGUAAGCAUAGCUAUGACUCGUUUCUUUUUGCCCAUCUCUUAACCUUUUUGAUCUUUCCUCCCUUGUGUUUUUGUUUUUCUGGUUUCCUCCCAGAGGGUGACACGAAGUGAAAGCUUCUUACAUGAUAUUGGAAUGCAGGCAUUUUAUCGAUAAUUUUUUUUAAAGCUCUGUUAAAUAGAUAUGUAAAAUGCUGAAUUCAUUUAGUUUUCGCAUGUUACUGAUUGAUUUUAUCUAUAUUUCUCUGGAUCUUUAUUUUUCUUUUAAAUAUAUGCGGUUAACGGUCACAAAUACAA